AUGGCCCAAAAUAGAGAACAUCUUUUUAAAGAAAAUGAAAGGAUUCUUUGUUAUCACGGACCUAUGAUUUAUGAAGCCAAGAUAUUACAAUAUGAUAAACAUCAUCCAAAAACAGGGUUAGCUGGACCACAUUAUUUGAUACAUUAUAAAGGAUGGAAAAAUACGUGGGAUGAAUGGGUAGAGGAAACUAGAGUUUUAAAAUUUAACGAAGCAAAUUUGAAUAAACAAAAAUUGAUUGAAGAAACAAUGAAUAAGAAAAAUAAACCGGCAGUUAAAAAAACAGUUCAAGAAACCUCGUCAGUAGAAAAAGGCAAAAAAAGAAGAAGAGAUCGUUCAGACGACCCUGUUAAAAAGCCAAAGAUCAUAUUUAAUAUGCCUGAACCUUUAAGAGCUCUCUUAGUACAAGAUUGGGAAAAUAUCAAUAAAUCACAAUUGUCAGUUCCAUUACCACGAAAACCAAAUGUUGCAGAUAUUAUUGAUAGUUAUAGAAGAUUGAGGUAUGAAAAAAGUGGCUAUCAAGAGAGCUUCUGA